AUGGGUAGCGUUGAGCAAGAUAACGUUGAGUCCACAAAAAAGCGACGGAUCAAAGACUUCAAUUCCAUGCCAAAAGAUAAAAGUUAUCUCAUCCGUUCAAGGGGGAAAAAAAGAAAGUUAUCUCAUCCAUUUCACGAGAGUUUCCCAUUGGGUUUGAGCUCUACAAUGGACACCAUCACAUCAAAUCAAUUCAUCAGAGACAAUGAAACAAUAAGCUCAAACAGCAGUGACUUCAAGCUUGGAUUCUUCAGCCCACAAAAUUCCACAAACCGGUAUGUAGGAAUCUGGUAUCUUUCUGAAUCUAACGUCAUAUGGGUGGCUAACAAAAACCAGCCACUGGUUGAUGGUUUUGGUAGUGUCACAGUCACCAAGAAUGGGAAUCUUGUGAUAUUGGACAAACGAAAUAAGAGUAUUUGGUCCACAAAUGUCUCACAUAUUCCGAUCAAUUCAACAGUGAAACUUUCCAACAGAGGGAAUCUAGUCCUCUUUGAUGACAACACAAGAGACCAUGUGGGAGAGUUCCAAGAUCCUUCUAAUCUUCUAGUGCUAGGGAUCAAGCUCAGUAUCAAUAAAAUAAACGGGAAAAAGGUGAAACUUACAUCAUGGAAAAGCGAUUCUGAUCCAUCGAUCGGAUACUACUCUGCUUCUCUUGAAAGGCCAAAUGCUCCUGAGGUCUUUUUCUGGUUUAAUGGAACUCAUCCAUAUGCUCGAACUGGUCCAUGGAAUGGGAGGACUUUUAUAGGAUGGCCAAAUAUGUCAAAUGAUUAUCUAUAUGGAUGGAGAGUUGGAAAUGAAGAUGAUGGAACUGUUUUUCUAAACUAUGAUUUUGGAAGUGAUGCUGCCUUUGCAGUUGUUGGCUUGAAUCCACAAGGCCAACUUUGGGUGGCAUUGUGGUAUAACAAAAGGGAGGUUUUGAGAAAGGUGUUGAAUGGCACCUACUGUGAUUUGUAUGGCACAUGUGGGGCAUUUGGAAGCUGCAAUUCACAAAGUUCAGCAAUUUGUAGCUGUUUGCAUGGUUAUGAGCCAAAGAAAGUAGAGGAAUGGAACAGGCAAAGUUGGACUAGUGGAUGUAUGAAAGUGCCUGACUUUUUGGUGAGGUCAACAACUGCUACAGAAGAUAGUUGUAGGACAGAGUGCUUGAACAAUUGCUCUUGUGUGGCGUAUGCAUAUGACUCAAAUGGUAUUGGAUGCAUGCAAUGGAGCGGGGACUUCAUUGACCUGCAAAGAUUCUCAACUGGAGGCGUUGAUCUUUACAUUCGUGUGCCUUUAUCAGAACUUGAAACACAUACACACAAAAGAAGAAUAAUUGCAAUUACAGUGACCGUAGGAAUUAUUACUUUAACUGCAUUUGCAUAUCUCCUAUGGAAAUUGACAGCUAAAUUUGCAGGUGGGAUAUAUUUACGUCGUCAAUCUCAAAAAAUGAUUAGUCAACAUCAAGAAAUCAAAAUGGACAAUGAGGUUUCACAUUUUGACUUUGAAGAACUUGAAAUUGCAACAAACAACUUCCACUCAGCAAACAUGCUUGGACAUGGUGGUUUUGGUUCAGUGUACAAGGGGCAACUGAAAGAUGGCCAACUAAUCGCAAUUAAAAGACUUUCAAAAGAAUCAAGACGAGGGCAAGAAGAGUUCAUGAAUGAGGUUGCAGUGAUUUCAAAAAUUCAACACCGCAAUCUAGGAACUUUAGGCUGUUGCAUUGAGCAACAUGAAAAAAUGUUAAUCUAUGAAUACAUGCAAAACAAGAGUUUGGAUACAAUUCUAUUUGAUCCAAUCAAAAAGAAAGAGCUAGAUUGGCAAAAACGUUUUAAAAUUAUUGAAGGGAUCUCUAGGGGCUUGCUUUAUCUCCAUAGAGAUUCUAGAAUAAAAAUCAUACGUAGAGAUUUAAAAGUCAGUAAUAUCUUGUUGGAUGAAAAGCUAAAUCCAAAAAUAUCAGAUUUUGGAAUGGCUAGAAUAUUUAGAAGCAAUGAAGAUCAAGCUAGAACUAGAAGAGUGGUGGGGACAUUUGGCUAUAUGUCUCCUGAAUAUGUAAUGCAAGGAAAAUUUUCUGAGAAAUCAGAUGUUUUCAGUUUUGGAGUUCUAGUGCUAGAGAUUGUUAGUGGAAAGGGCAACUCAAGCUUUCAUAACAUGGAGGGAUCUCACACCCUAUUAGGACAUGUCUGGAAGCUAAAGAAUGAACAUAACCUUAUGUCCUUUAUAGAUUCAGAUAUACACAAUCAAGGCUUAAUUGAUCUGCCAAUGGCAAUUAAACCGAACCACCAAAGGCGAUGGAAACAACCUACCGCCAAUGACUGGAAUGGGAUAGCAAACUUUCACUGGGAUCAGAUCAAUAGUGAGAAUGAGGAUUGGAUGACUGACUUCCAUCAGGAUCGAACAGACGAUGACGACAAGGAUUAG